GAGAGCGGCUAGAGGGUUGGAAACCGGAGGGAUAGCAUACAUUUCGGAGCAAGCAAACUGAGCUGUCAUCAUCAGAAUCACCACAAUCCCCCACGCCAGCAGCUAGUUUGUUAUUUGUGAUAAAUAAUUCAACGAUCCACAUCUCGGAUCCCGAUCCUGCCCACCCACUCACUUCAACUCCAGUUACCGUUACCGUUACAGUUAUAGCUCCAGUUCCAGGACCCCCACCAUCACAUCUGUACACCACCAACCGAAUAGCAACAAUAACUAUACCUUAGAGGAUAAACGACAUUUAUAAUCCAAAGUACAAAACGAAUAGCCCCGAAAUAUCGCUGUUAACUAAAAGUAAAACAAAACCAAAAGCUAAACUAUAAAUAGUAACAUAUGGUAUUAUUAUACACGCAACUCAAACAGAUACGGAGUCAUAGAGUCACAUAACCUCAAAACGAGCAGGCGCAUAACUAAACGAAUUGAAACGAAAAGUGAGGAACGAUAAGCAAUACAAGCAGUGCUGUUGACUAUUUUAGAGGCCACCUUUUAGAUACCUUCACCCAACCUACGUUACUCAACCAAACACCUAAGAACCCACCAAUAUCGAAUCGAAAACCUAACCUAAAAACCUAAAACCCAAAGCGACGGCGACGACGAUGAUGAACAGCCCCAUGUGCGAGUGAGAUAGCCAGCGGAAAAGGGAGAGAGCGAGUAUAACACAACGAAAAGCAAUUUAUUUUUGUUUACGAGUCCGUGUGCCCGAGCCCUGGACUUGUAUUAGUUAAUGCCAAAAAUCGAAGCGGAAGUUGCACCCACACCUGCACACUAGACGCACACAGUCACACAUACUCAGCCGCCAUGACAAGGCCAAGAAUUGCAGCGGGCAUUGCGGGGCCUUUCCGGCGGCAAUAGCAACACCCUGAAAAAAAAACAAAAAAACGAAAGAAACAAAAACAAACGAAAAAAAGGGAAGUACCAGAAAUAUCCCCGAAACAACAACCACACGCUAGCGAAGGUGGCGCGAGUGGUUCGAUGUGGUUCGACUUCGAGUUCGAGUGGUGCAGGUGGUGACGUGACAGCGGCGGCGUCGUGGGUCCAAGAAAAUGCACGUUAAACACACUCAGCGCCGAGUCAGCGGUCCUGGAGCCUUCGGAACCUUUACCAACGAUCAACGUGCGAGUCGCGACAACUUGUGCCCGGAUAGCCAGCAGCAUCAGCAGCAGCGGCACUCGCACUCCCAUCAGCACUUGGUGCGCCAGUCUCUGGUGAGUCUCAGCAACGGCCAGCCGGCGGACAGCGUAUCGCUGCUGCGGGCGGGCGAUGAUCAGCAUUUGCAGCAGCAGCAACAUCAGCAGCAACAGCAACAUCAGCAGCAGCAGCAACAUCUGCAACGACAGCGCAGCAGUCGGCUCUCCACGAGCGGCAUCUCCAAGCAGAAUUCCGGGGACAGCAGGAGCGGCCUGCGAAUCCUCGACAGCAGCCACAGUCCCGUCAGCUGCGGCACCCAGAGCGUCUCCAGCACCGGUGGCCAGUCGGCGCUCUACGAUGCCUGCCACGAGUACUCCAGGAGCUUGAGUGCAGCGGCCGCUGAAGGAGCUCAGGGGCUGCUCAAGGGCCACCACUACAGUGACCAGCAGUUGGCCCAGCCGGAGCCGGAGCCAGAACCGGAUCCGGAAAGGGAUAGGGAUCGAGAUAGAGAGCGACGCCACCUGACCAACCUCAAUCUCAACCUAAACAGCGAGUACGACUACAGUGGCAGCGACAAGCAGCAACUGGUCAACGAGACGUACAUCUUCAAGUGCAUCGCCAACAGUCCCUCGUUCCUGCGCACCAACAAGAUCAAGGAGCAGUCCAAGAAGCUGCGCAAUCUCUCCCUGAAAACGCGCACGGCCAAGAAGAAGGGUCAGAUUAUCUCCAAGUCGAACGCCGUGUCGGAUAAUUCGCUGCAUCCGGGUGAUAAGUACCUGAACUUGUAUCUGGUGGAGAAGAAGCACUCGCUGCAGCCGCAGGUGGCCUCCAGUUCCAGUCCUCAUCCGCCGCAGGCCUCCUCGGCGCCGGCCAGCUCCUCAUCCACCUGCUCGCGGGCACCGCAGUUGCCUGCCUUGUCCGCUGUUGCAGCGCGGCAGCAACAGUUGCUGCUCAACGGUUCGCUGAAGGGCAGGCAAAGGGGAUCGGUGAGGAGCGAGAGUGGAAGCGGGAGCAGCCACACCAUUCCGGCGACGGGCAAGAGUCCGCCGGUGCCGCACUCGCUGGCGGCCAAGAUCAGCGGAAGCUCGGCCAGCGGCAGCAAGAACUGCAAUUUGCUCAGCGCCAGCAGCAACUCAUGCCACAAGCUGCAUGCCCAAGCCCAAGGAACGGGAGCAGGAUCAGGAUCAGGAUCAGGACACGCGGCGGCCGCUUCGCCCAAGAGCUCGGUCAGCAGCAACGGGCAUCUGAACAAGUACUGCCUCACCGAUCUCACGCGCCGCAAGGCCGAGUUCAAUCGCCAGCUGAGCGCCCCCACGGACUACACGCACCACUCCUCCAGCAACGGAUCCCAGCAGGAGGGCUCCUCGGAGGCCAACGAGGGCCACGAGCCGGUGGGCGAGUCCACCAUCACCGUUGCCAGCGCAGGGGUCUCGUAUCCGCAUCCGUACUCGUAUCCCCACUACCACCACCACGCCGCCUCCUCCUCGGCCACUGCGCCCGCCAAUCUCAAGGCGUCGCUGCAGCUGCACAGCUUCGGGGGCCACCAUCCGUGUCCUUAUCCGGCCAGGCCCACGUCCACCUCGUGCACCAACAGCUUCAACCGGCGACACAUUCGGCGGCACAAGAGCAAGCUCGGCGAUCGACUGCUGAGCGGGGAUAGUGAGGAAUCGGUACGCUGCUCCUACUGCUCGGUGCUGAAUGUGAACGAGAACGACCUGCGCAUUUCGUUCGAGAACACCUGCACCGACUCGCUGGUCACCGCUUUCGAUGAUGAGGCCCUGCUAAUAUGCGACCAAGGAACCGAAAUGGUACACUUUGAUGACGUGUCGUUGUACGGCACUCCGAAAGAGGAGCCCAUGCCCAACAUACCGAUCGUUUCGGAAAAAGUCUCUGCGAAUUUCCUAAAAAGUCAAUUGCAAUCAUGGUUCCAGCCGACGGACAACCGACUGGCCAUGAAACUGUUUGGCAGCCGAAAGGCACUGGUCAAGGAGCGCAUACGUCAGAAAACUUCCGGGCAUUGGGUCAUACACCCGUGCAGUUCAUUCAGGUUUUACUGGGACCUUUGCAUGCUUUUAUUAUUAGUAGCAAAUCUUAUUAUCCUGCCAGUCGCAAUAUCAUUCUUCAACGAUGAUCUGAGCACACGAUGGAUUGCCUUCAACUGCCUAAGUGAUACUAUUUUUUUAAUAGAUAUUGUAGUCAAUUUUAGAACAGGAAUUAUGCAACAAGACAACGCUGAACAAGUAAUAUUGGAUCCAAAGCUUAUAGCUAAACACUAUUUAAGAACUUGGUUUUUUCUCGAUUUGAUUUCGUCGAUACCGCUAGAUUAUAUAUUUUUAAUUUUCAAUCAAAUUAUGAAAUUGCAGGAUUUCUCUGAUUCUUUUCAAAUCUUACAUGCCGGACGAGCCCUGCGCAUCCUGCGCCUGGCCAAGCUGCUCUCCCUGGUGCGACUGCUCCGCCUUUCCCGCCUCGUGCGCUACGUGUCCCAAUGGGAGGAGGUCUAUAUUCUGCAGAAUCUACAGAAAAAAAGUGCUGAUCGCAGAGGGAGAAUGAACAGAAAAGACAAAGAUGGCUUGACAAAAAGCAACCUAAUUCUCAAGUUCCUCAAUAUGGCCUCGGUCUUCAUGAGGAUCUUCAAUUUAAUUUGCAUGAUGCUCCUGAUCGGCCAUUGGAGUGGUUGCUUGCAGUUCUUAGUGCCAAUGUUGCAGGGUUUUCCAUCCAACUCCUGGGUCUCCAUCAACGAGUUGCAGGAAUCGUACUGGCUGGAGCAGUAUUCGUGGGCAUUAUUCAAAGCCAUGUCGCACAUGCUAUGCAUAGGCUACGGCAGAUUCCCACCUCAAUCACUGACAGACAUGUGGCUAACGAUGCUGUCGAUGAUAUCCGGGGCCACCUGCUACGCAUUGUUCCUCGGCCACGCGACCAAUCUCAUCCAGAGCUUGGACUCCAGCCGGCGCCAGUAUCGCGAGAAGGUCAAACAGGUGGAGGAGUAUAUGGCCUAUCGCAAGUUACCGCGCGACAUGCGACAGCGCAUCACGGAAUACUUCGAGCAUCGGUACCAGGGUAAAUUCUUCGAUGAAGAGUUGAUACUUGGCGAGUUGAGCGAGAAAUUGCGCGAGGAUGUCAUCAACUACAACUGCAGAUCCCUCGUGGCGUCAGUGCCUUUUUUUGCUAAUGCCGAUUCGAAUUUCGUUUCCGACGUAGUUACCAAACUGAAAUACGAAGUUUUCCAACCAGGUGAUAUUAUCAUAAAGGAGGGUACGAUCGGUACUAAGAUGUACUUCAUACAGGAGGGCGUGGUGGACAUUGUCAUGGCCAACGGCGAGGUUGCCACCUCACUAUCGGAUGGCUCUUACUUCGGUGAGAUCUGUCUGCUGACCAAUGCGCGUCGUGUGGCCAGCGUGCGAGCCGAAACCUAUUGCAAUCUAUUCUCGUUGAGCGUGGAUCAUUUCAAUUGCGUUCUGGAUCAGUAUCCGCUGAUGCGCAAGACCAUGGAGACUGUGGCCGCCGAGCGGUUGAACAAGAUUGGCAAGAAUCCAAACAUAAUGCAUCAGAAGGACGAGCAGCUGAGCAAUCCGGAGUCGAACACGAUUACGGCUGUGGUGAAUGCCCUGGCUGCCGAGGCGGAUGACUGCAAGGAUGAUGACAUGGAUCUCAAGGAGAAUUUACUGCAUGGGUCAGAGUCGAGCAUUGCUGAGCCGGUGCAGACGAUACGUGAGGGUCUCCCGCGGCCGCGGAGCGGGGAGUUCCGCGCCCUGUUCGAGGGCAACACUCCAUGACACUGAGGAGCGACGACGGGCGGUGCCGGCGGGCACCGGGCAUCCAUCUGAGCCAGCGGUUCGCUGGACACUCACUCACCCAAACCCACACCCAUACCCCCCACACACACACACAC